UGUACAUCAGCAGUUUGGUACAGUGGAGGUUCAGGUGAUCGUUGACAUAAUGAAAGGGUUUAUUAUUCUGUUGGCUUUCGCCUGCUGCUCUUUGCAAAUGAUAGAUGCAACUGUCCGUUUCUCCAAUAUGACGUAUGACCUUAACCCGGAAUAUGUGAAAGGUACAAUCAAUGUUAAAGUCGAAAACGGAGUGUAUUCAAUAGGAAUGAAUUGCGAUCUUUUGAAGAAAAUUGAUGGAAACUUUUGGGUGACUCCAGUUUUUUCCAAGAAAUUGGGAAAGUCUUACGUUCCAAUAAUUGACCUCAAACUGGACACAUGUAAAACAGAUCCCACCCUGGCAGAAAACCCUCUGAUAAGGUUUGUGUCAACAGAAGCGAAAAAGUUUGUCAGUUUCGGUUUGAUGUGCCCUUACGAACCUGGACACUACGUAGUGAAUGAUUUCACCUUCGAGAAGAGCAAUGCUUUGAUGAACUUUAUCCCGAAGGGAAACUACCACGUUAGCCUCACUUCACGCCAUCAACCUCCCGGUAGCAAAGAGCUUAACAAGGUGAUGAGCUUGUCGUUUUAUGCCGAUUUCGAAUAAGGGCGAACCCGACCAACCCAUCAUGUAGUCGCGAUGAAAUGCAAUCAAAUUGUACCAUCGAAACCGAUGAAAGUGCAAAGUAGGGAAUCAAUAAAUGGAUUUGAAUGUGGCAAAA